AUGUCAUCAGACCAACUCACACAACAACAAAUCAAAGAAUACAAGGAAGCCUUCGCCUUCUUCGACAAGGAUGAAGAUCAAAAAGUUUCCAAAGCUGACUUGGAAAAGACUUUCCUCUCAUUGGGUGAGAACAAAUCACAAAACGACAUUAGAAAGAUGAUUGAAGAAUGUGAUUCUUCUCGUACUGGUUUUAUCACUUUUACUGAAUUCUUGACCGUUCUUUCACAAAAGUUGAAGAACACUGAUCGUGAAGAAAAGAUUAGAGAAGCAUUCCGUGCUUUCGACGAGGACGGAAAAGGAACCAUUCCAAGCAAGGAAUUGAAAGAUGCCUUGUGUAAUUGGGGUGAGAAAUUCACAGAACAAGAAUGGGUUCAAAUGAGAAAUGAAAUUGGUGCCAAAGAUUCUGGAGAUUUUGAUUAUGAACAAUUCCUUUGCAAAAUGUUGAACAAGUCCCAAUAA